AACAAUCUAUUCUUAGCAGUCGGGGAUUCCCCCGAAAAAACGAUCUCAAUUCGAAAGCAUCGAAGCACGAACUCAUCAGUUCGCAUAUAUUAAGUAUUUACUUUGACGAUAUAUCAACUGUCUAUCCUGGCAUGAAAUUUUACUAAAAGAAUACAAUGGCUUUUAAAUCAACUUUGGAGCGAAGUAUAUCUCUCAACCAUCUUGACCUUGCAUUACACGUAAGAGAGACAACACAAGAAGAUCUGGUAAUACCUAAAGAAAAUGAUGACAUCAAACACAGAUUUUUCCAAAGCCUAAACAAGUCCACUUUCUUCCUUCCAAGCUUGAAUAAAUAUGACGAAGGAUUUCAAAAAUUUUUGUUUAGCUACCUUCUUGAUGUGCCAAUCUUCAGGGAACUACAGGCUGAAAGGAAGCUAAAUUGGUGCUCCGCCCUACACACUGUGGUUCCAGUCCUGACCCUUGGUGAUGGCAACUGCCUAAUGCAUGCCGCAUCUAUUGGGAUGUGGGCAGUUAGCGAUAGGUACCAGGUCCUGAGAAAAGCCGUCUACGAUGUGAUGAUUGAGGACCAUGAGGGCAUUUUCCAUAUGAGAUGGCAGUUUGAGACAGAAAAGCAGCAUUCCCACCUUGGCUACAAGAUAACAGAAGAGCAAUGGACCCAGGAAUGGAGAGAGGUGCUCCGUCUUGUGUCAACUGACCACACCCCAAGGGGCACAAAUGCCCUCAGCUGUGACAGCCUAGAAGAGAUUCAUAUCUUUAUCCUGGCUAAUAUUCUGCGUCGGUCAAUCAUUGUGGUUUCUGAAGAUGUGUUAAGGGGCAAUUAUGAUGAGUCAUUAUCACCAGUGAACUUAGGUGGCAUUUAUCUACCACUGAACUGGGAUCCUGUGGAAUGCGUCAAGACCCCACUCUUGAUUGGCUAUGCUCAGGGACACUUUACUGCCUUGGUGAGCAUUGAAGAUGGCAACGCAGGAGCUGGUGACACCCACAAGAUACAUGGUGUCCCAUUAGUCAAGCCCGAUGGGUCUGCUUUGCCAGUGCACUUCCUGCUUUCUGAUGAAGAGCACCUUGCUGAUGGCUUCAUACGACAAUACAUGGACUGCGGGAAGGUCGCCCACGAAGACGAAACCAAUCAGCGAAGAAUGAACACCCUCAUUGCCAAACUACACCUCACCCCUCCCCUGGAGAGUGUAAAGCACCUUGUGGAUACAUAUUUCGAAAGCGCCAAGCAAGCGUACAAUCGCAUGCUAGCAGACAUGAAGAACAAGACCCAGGAUUCUAGCCUCACACCCGUGAAGUGCUGUACCCAAGGGUGUACCUUCUACGCGACUGCCGAGACUGCUUUCCUUUGCUCAAAAUGCCUGAAUGAGUAUUUGAGAAAGGAGGGUAUGGCUAACAAGGGUGGUGGAUACGAGGUUCCCCAGGUUCAGGGAAGCCAGAAGGUAGUGAUGGGGAAUGAGGGUGAAGGUGGAGUAAACCAGGCAAAUGAAUCGUCUGGAAUAGUCAGGCAUGCCGGACAAGAGGGUGAAGGUGCUCAUGGUGCUUGGGGCUUAGAGAAUCGACCCAGGGAGCAGAAGUCACCCAUUGGGAUAGAGGGGCGCGCGGGUGAACAAGGUAGUUGUCAACAAGGUGUGCAGCUUUCAAGUAUGGAGUUACUGAUAGAGACUCUCCCGCAACUCUGGCUACAAGGACAACAGGAGCAGUACAACGAGUAUCAAAUUCUACGUCAAAAGCAACAGCAUCAAAAAACACCAGAGCGCCAAAACGAGCAGGGACAUGGGAGGACGGGACGAGAUGUGUACUACCCUGAACGCCAGCAGGGCUUGUACCAGGUUUAUCAACCGGCAAACAUGAUAGAGCAACAGCAGACUGGGGCAGAAAGAAAAACGCAGACUUAUCCCAAUCAACCAACGCAGCAACAGUUUCACCAUUCUCAGGUGUACUCACAAGCGCAACAACAUCAACUAGUGAGCCAACAGCAGCAGAUGUUAUCCCCUGCUCAGCAGUCACCAACCCAUGCUCCGGCUGGACCCCAACAUGCAUCUGUGGGAACGUCCAUGGGUCAAAGCCAGCCAACCCAUGCUCCGGCUGGACCCCAACAAGCAUCUGUGGGAACGUCCAUGGGUCAAAGCCAGCCAGCGCAGUGCGCAACAGUCGGAUGCAAGUAUCAAGCCCAACCAGGAAAAGGGAAGUGGUGCCUUCGAUGCUUUGACUCCCAGAAAGAGGAGUUCCUGCCAUCUGCUCCCGCCAGCAUCUCACAGCCAGAGAAGUGCCGCAACAAUGACUGCACCUUCUUCGGCCUUCCCUCCCAAGAUGGACUCUGCUCCAGCUGCUACCGAAGAUUCUGCAUCUACAUGGAGACAACCUAUGGUGGUGGCGGGAAUACUUCCCCUAUCCCACUUUCUGCGCCAACCUACGGCCCGACUCCGCCACCCCUUCCACCCAGGGUACAUCCACGUGUGGAGCCAACCCGGAUAUUUGGGGGCGAGACCUCGGGUUGCCAAAUGCCUGGGUGUCGGAUGCCAGGGGUUGCAGAUUUGUAUGGCCGAUGCGUUGAAUGUUAUCACCAGUGCAUCAAGACAUUUAUAAACACCAAUGAACAAAUCGCUAGUCCUGCCGUGUCAUCGCCACAAACACAACCCGCGCGACCAGCAGAUACGGUAUCUCCGCCAACAGUUCCACCUCGCUCAACCUCUCAACACAUCAAUCACCCACUUGAUGCAUUUGGAAGACCCGCAUCGACGCAACAUACUGGCCAAGGGGAACCCAGAAUGAUGGGUGGGUUCGCCGGAUUAAUGUCGCCUGUCAUCGAGUCCCAGCCGCAGUCCACUGGCACGCAAAGUCACAUGUCCGAGGUGAUGUCUAAGAUCUACACUCCGACACAAAACCCACUGUCCCCACCCCUCUUGGGACCGUACGCGUUUCCCUCCCAAGCAGGCACGCCACGGACAGCGCCUGUGUCCAAUGCCAUGCAAGCACAAGGUGGUAGCGGGAACUUGAAACUCUAUAUCCCUCCACAUAGUGCUAGUACCGAACGACCCCUCCCCAUCCCCGUUGGUAUUACCCAAGGGGGAGAGGGGCAAACCAGGUGCACGACACGAGGCUGCCAGUUCUUUGGAAACAAAGAGAUGAAUUUCCUGUGCUCUAGUUGCUACGCGAGGACGCUUGAAGAGUUCAGCCUGCUAGUUACUAAUCAAAACACGCCAGUGGCGACGACGUUAGUGACGAGUGAGCCUGUCACCACCAAGUGUGUUAUCGAUGGCUGCAUGAAUGGUGCAUCCCCUAACAAGUACAAUGGCCUUUGUUCCAACUGCUACCACAGAGGACUUGACAACGAGGCUGAGUGGAACGCAAUCCGUCAGAAAAACACACAGCUCCCCCAUUAUCAGUCACCACCCUUUUCCCAGCCCGGAGCACCCUACAACACCACAAAGCCAUCCUACACCCAGCCCGGGACAACUUACAACACUACGAGCACAUCGUACACCCAGCCAGGGGCGCCCUGUCAGACAAAGGGCUGCCUGAAAUUUGGAACCCCUGCUAAGAAGGGCCUGUGUGAAAAGUGCUUCAACAAGUACCAGCAAAAGCAGGCACAAAAGGAAACCCAAGGUCCAUUUUCCUCGAGGCCUCAGGGAGCGGGACAUGAUCCACGUGCAUGGGGGACUACUACCACGUAUAGUGCCCAGGCUCCUGUUCAUAUAUCUCGUCAGAGAGAGCCUGGGCCCGGGAUGGAAACGGGGCUGCAAAGCAAAUGUGUACGCCCUGGUUGCCAAAUGUAUGGAGCACCAGAGACGAAUGGGUACUGUUCCAAGUGCCUUAUGGAUAAUAUGAGAUCCGUGUAUCCGGAAUCCGUUCCAGACAAUGGAAGACUUUCCGCAAGUGAAAAUGGCGUGCCUGCUAACGUGACAAACAGUAACGCAAAAAACGUUGCAUAUUGCUUCAAUGCAAGCUGCCAAAACCUCGCGAAUCCGCGCCUUCAAGGUCACUGCACACAGUGCUUCGAGCAACGCUACCCUGACCUAGCAGGGAGUCCCGAGAACUUGAUGUCCUUAAUCGCAAAACACAGUGUCAAGGAGUGAUAGACACGUUUCAAUCAAAAGCCUGGUGGGAUGUGUUUUCAUGGCCAAUGAGCUAUUUAGAAGCUGAUAAAUAAGACAACUGUUAUUUUAGUAUAUAUGUAUAUGAAAAUAAACUUAAUCAGGGGAGGCGCUGGCAGUGCUAUAGCCCUACCGCCUUAUGGCUUGGUUUAAUGGUCUAUUAUGGACGCGGACGUUUGCCCUGUAAAUCCAUUUUAUUGUGGUCGCUACUUUAGAAAAAAUGUCCUUAGUCUAUUUCCAUGUUUCUGACGAUAAAGUUUUUUUUCAUUUUUUCGAUCUCGUCCUAGCAGUCGUCGUCGUCGUCCUUGCUUAAGGUCUCUUCAACGGUGGACAUCACGUUUAAUUUGUAAAAUAACCCUCAAGAGAUUGUAAUCAUAGAGUUACAAAUGAAAAACACGAUGAUAUAAAGUAUUUUCAUUAAGUAUGUAACGUAUACAGUAGUGCAAGCUAAUCCCCAAUGAAACGCACUCAAGAGAAUUUAAGUUUUUUGGCUGUAUACUGCUGAUAUUUAGAUUAAAAGUGUUGCAAGUCAA